CGUAACAACGAGCUGGGCAGGCCCGCGAGGAAGUGCCACACGGCCACCAUGCUGACCCCCAACGGCAAAGAGUACGCCCAGAAAAUCCCGAGAGAAGAAUUAGCCUACUUGAUCUUGAAGCUUCUGCAAGCCUGGAAAGAGCCACUUUCCCACUUUAAUCAGCACAUUGAAAACCUUCAGGAGCUACCUGGUGAGAGCCUUAGCAAAGCGAAGCAAAUCAGCAACAUGGUACAUGAGCUGGAGACUGGGGUUGAGAAAGUGACAGAAAAGAUGCAGUCAAUGGGCAUCAUCAGCAAUUCAUUACAUGGAAUGGCAUCAUCUGAAGCUGCUGGCUUAUCAAUUAGUAAUGAAGCAAAUGUGAUGAGUGACUCUGACUUUAUUCACUGUUUCAGGAGAGACUCCAAUAAAGUACAAAGCUACUUAAAAAUUCUGAAAUGUAGGAUUAUGCCAGAAAACAGUUGUUGAGUAGUAAUCUCUUAGCAAGUAGUUUUCAGCAUGCUGUUUAUUUAGAUAGAAAAAUAUAAUUUAUUUACAGUAAGUUUAUUAGGAAAAAAGGUUUGGAAACUGGCAGUUACUUGAUACUGUUAUCCUAUGCUGAUGGAAUAUUAAAUAAAGCAUCUUGUGUGUACGUGGGUAAACACAUAAAGACAAAAAAGAGUAGUCUGGUUGUAGAUGAAACAAUGUCUUUGGCACAAUUUAGACAUACAUGCUGCUGAAAAUGAAAGUUAGCUUGGUAAACCUUGGUACAGAUAUAUCUAAAUACUACAAGUUUCCAUAUGGAAAACACUGCUCAAUUCUGGUCUAAGUCCCAUUUCAGUGUGAGAGUUGGGUAUGGCUGAUGCAGCAGUGAGUCUUUCCCAUAGUGUUUCCUGACCCAGUGCUUGGAUUUUAUAGUAAUGAUGACAAACUUCACAGUGAAUAAAAAUCUGAAAGCUGUCAGAAAUUUUACAGUAAUCACGUUUCCCUACCAGUGGAGUAGUGCUAACUGCUGUUUAUAGAACAAAAACUCUCUACAUUCACAUCCUAAAUGAGCCCUUUAAAUAGAAAUUUAAAACCAACAUGGAUUUAUCUUUAGUACUCUUGACUGUUUCAUCCCUGAAUGCUCUUUUCUGGCCUCCUCUGAUCUUGAUGGUUGUUGACAGUUGCUGAAGCUCAGGCUGCCAAGAAUGUAGAGUAAAAUGCUGAUGACUGUUUCAUAUUGAUGCUGGAUUUGGUCUUGAGAAACUCAGAAAAUGGAGAAAUGCUUCAAAGGAACAUAGAUGCAAAGCAGAGGAACAACAUUUUCAGUCACAUCUCAGUAACUGCUGAUACCCAAAUACUGACAUAUUUCCUCAGCUCGAAGCUGUGAAUGUUCACGAUGUGUAUCUCUUGUCCCAGGUAUGCUAGAAGUGCAAUGGCUACACAGUUCCUGCCCCCAAAGAAGUUAUUACCUGCAAUUCCUUAGGCAGGAGGGUGCCACUAAUGCAUGUAGCUGAAGAGCUGCAUUUGAAAAAUCCUGGAAACAAAACCAGAUAUUCAAAUAGAAUAAAGGAAGGGCUCCUCGGAGCAAGCAGACAGAAUCAGAGAGGCACUGCAGCUGUGCCUCUAUCUAUCCACAGUCCCAGAAAGCAAUGGAGCAAUUAGUAAUUUUGUCAUUCAUUUCUGUCAACUGCAUCAUCUGCUCUUGAACAAAGUUCAUGAGUUCUGUGUCUUGCUUUCAGUGAUUUCAUUCUCAAACCCUCUUAAGGCAUCAGUUUGAGAAGUGUCCAUGAAAAACAUUCUAACUGUGCGUGAACAUAGGAGGUGCAUAGUGUCACCUGGUGCAGCCACAGCAGGGAUUAUUACUGUGCCUGAAAUGCCAUAACUGUGAAAGUGUGCAUAAAUAAAGGGGAAAAGCAGUGUUGGGAUGCAGCCUCACUCCUUCCCAGUAAGGAGGACAUUGCCCACAAGAGAUUAGUAAUAGCUGUCCUACAAAUGGUGGCAGACAGAGGAGGGCUUACUGAGUCAAAACAAAGCUGAUGGAAGAGACACAUGGGGAGCAAGUCCUGCAGAUCAAGGGCUUGGCAAGAGCAUGACAGUUCCUGUUACUUUGAUAUGUAUGCACACUGUCUUUUCUGUCACCACACCUGUGUGAGGAAGCAACACUACAAGAGCAAAAGGGAUGGGCCAGAGAGGUGAUGGCACCAUCCCUCCAGCCGCUACAUGGCAAGGUCUCCCUUCCCUGUACUCUGAGCUGCUGCCCAGGCUGAAGGCCCACUGGCCCGCAUCUUGUCCUGCCCCCAGACUGCCCCAAGCACCGCUCACUCUGCUGCCACAUCCCCGAGGGCCUGGCAGGGAGCUGGACCCAGGCCCCAGGCAGCCUGGGUGAGGGCAGGGACAUGGGAAGGGCAGGGCGAGGCCUGGCAGGCACUGUGGUGCCCAGCACUCGUCCCUGUUUCCCCAGGAGAGAAUGGUCACGCCAUGGAGUCUAGAUGGAGUAUUAUCUGUGGAUUUUGGAUGGUUCUGUAUCUCUAGGAGAGAUGGUGCAGUGGAGUCAUGCCCAGGGCCAUGUAUACCACAGCCUUACAAAGAGGAGGGUUCUUGGUUUCCAAUGUGCCAGAUGACUUGGCAAGGACUGGGAAAACGAACUCCAAUUGCUACCAGGUCCCUCCACAGAUAGGAAGAUAUGCUAUUGGUUGCAUUUGAUGCCACAUGGAAAAUAUUUUGCAAGUCGAGCAGAUCCUAAAAAUAGUUCCUAUAUACUGCAGAGAUGCAAAGCUCUGAAAAUUCUUGCUGUAGAGAAAUAUGGAAACAGAAAAUGACAAAGGAAGUGCCACAGAAGAAAUAGCAAUGCACCCAAGUAUUGUCUAUAGUCAUUCAUACUAACUUGCUGCCACAAAGUGGUGUUGUAUUGCAAGAUUUGCCUUUGGCUGAAGUGAGGCAUGCUGGUGAGACAAAUGUCUUCCUGUACCACCACCAACACUUUGCUUCUUCUUUUCACCAAGAAAACAAUUGACCAGCUGGCUGAAAGGGGCAUGCUUUGCCCUCUGGACACAGAUGUCUCAAAUAGAAAUAUCAGUGAUGGUUGCUUUUGCUUUUUACACUGGGGAAUACUACAUCUUCUGCAUGAUUUUUCUUCAAGACAGCAAUGAAAUUAGUUAGAAAUAUGUGAAAAUGUAAAAAUGUGCACUAAAACUGAACACUUUCACAUUGAAGAAUGCGUCAUCACAGCUGGAAAUACUAAUUUAGGAGACACAGCUUUGCAAAUUAAUAAAAAAUCAGAAAAUAAGAUUUUGUUUCCAGUUAAGUGCUCAGAUCAUAGAACAGAAUCAUAGAAUCAUAGAAUAGAAUCAUUGAAUUGCUCGGGUUGGAAAAAACCUUAAAGAUCACUCCUACUACAACCUAACCAUACUACACUAUAUGCUUCAGUAUGCAACCAGGUGUGAUACAGAUAAGUUGCAGUGUAAUUUCUGUUAGUGGAACAGUAUGUUUUGAUUAACGUUCCUCAGCAGCUAAAUAAAUUUAAGAAUUUAAAAUAUUUCCACUCUUCUUCAGACUUUAUUAAAUGAAAUAU